AUGAGUUCGAAUAAUUAUGCUAUUGUGCAGACGACGGAAAAUGACGAUGUUUUGCUUUCUGUGGUUCCUUCACGUUGGGUACUGAAAAAUGGUUGGAGCAAGGAUCUGCCGGGACUUGGCACGGAUCUAUGCUACUGGCCAAAGGGUGUAGCUGGUUACCGGCUGCUUGAAAAGGCAAAAAAGGAUCCACAAAUUCCACCGGAUGUAAACGUACUGAGUGCAUAUCGGUGCAAAAUCAAACGAAACAAUUUUGCUAGUUACGCUGAGGCGUUUCGCGAGCUGCAAAUUAUGGAAAUUCAUUCAGAUACCGAUGAAUACGAACCAAGAAAGAAACUGAAGAAAUCAUCAACUGCUGCGGAGCUUUUCAAACAAAUCCAAACGAAACCAAGCUCAUCGUGCUCAAAUACGGCUACUGAUUUUGCCGAUGAUACAAGGGACGGUCAUACUGACAACACAGCUAAUCCGGAUGAUUCGUUUUUGGAGCCUUGUCCAAACGAUAUUGUGAUGACGUCACGUUCGCUAUCUCUAAGUGAAACAACAUCUCAUGAAUCUGGAUCGAAGACACCAAUGAUUCAGAGCACAGAUACCGAUGAAUCAACCAUGCGUCAACUUAUAAUUUCACUGCACAAUAAAAUAGACAAGAACGCCAAGCAAAUAGAAUCUCUCAAUCAAUCGCACAUUAGGUAUGGUGCUUUGCUCUCUCAAGUUAACGCUAAACUAGAUGUUAUUGCUACAAAAAUACCGUCAGAGUUUGUGCAUGUGAAAACAGAGAGUUAUGAAUCCAAAAAGAUUCCAUUAACCCCGGUCAAAUCUCUGGAUGACAUGGAAUCUCUGGAGAAACAGUCGAAAAAUGAUCAAUUCGUACAAUCUGUUGUUCAGUUUCUUGGUUCUAUGCACGGAAAACACAGAACAUAUGGUGAAGGUGCAACUGUUUGUUUGCAAGUAAUCAAUUACUUCUUUGAGCGUGAAUUCUUGAUGAAAUGUUCUUGGAGUGGAAUAAGCCGGAAUAAGAAGGAUAAUGAAAACAUUAUUUCCAAAAUACCUUUUCAUAAGUUUGGUGGGGUUAUUGAUCUGUUCCACAAGGUUGUACUUUUCUCCGAUCCUUCUUUCUCUAAAGUGCAAUGCGAACAGUUCUUACAUCGCUGCUUAAGGAAUGCAAAGCAACGCUACGAGGACAUCAAGGGUAUUAGAGCUACUGCUUCUAGAAGACGAUGCAAGCGAAAUGAACCUCAAUCAAACCAAGCGAUUCAACAAGGCAUCGAAGAAGAAGCAGAAGUUAUUUUAGAAGAAUAUCUUAUUGAGGUGGAAUCAGCUUCAACAUCAGCAUCACCAAACCAAACGGUUGAAGAUGUGGGAGGUGUUCUGCCGUUCUACGCAUAA